AUGGACUUCGUGCGCUACCUUUAUGCCCUCCUCAUGGGUUUCUUGAGCGACGUCUUCAUGGGCGAGCAAGCGCGCCUCGCGGAAGAGCUCAACGCGCGCAUCCGCGACGCCGAGCUGCGGGUCUCGCACCUGCAGGCUGAGGCAGACGCCACGAUCCUCUCCAGGAUCCGGUCCUUCUUCCCGUCCCUCUUCGGACAGGACGACGGGGCUUCGAGGACAGCUACGCUAGCGUCCUGGGCGCUGCGGGGACAGGCCUCCUUUGCCGAAAAGGAGGCGGCGCUGGAGCAGCUGCAGGACAUGGCCAUGUCUCUCGAGGACCGGAUGGAAUUCGAGAGAGACUGCCUGCACGGCGUCCUCAUGGCGGCGGGGCUGCUCGUCGUGCUGUGCGCCCUCUGGCGCGCCCUCAGGGCUUUCUGGAAGCCUGCGGCGCACGAGCCAGAGGACGACACCUCCCGGCCCGAUCCCGAGAGGUUUCGGCAGAGGAAACCUCCCGGCCCCGAAUCCGAAGAGUUCGGCCAGAGGACACACCUCCCGGCCCGAAUCCGAAGAGAGGUUCGGCCAGAGGACGACACCUCCCGGCCCGAAUCGAAGAGGUUCGGCCAAGAGACGACACCUCCCGGCCCGAAUCCGAAGAGGUUCGGCCAGAGGACGACACCUCCCGGCCCGAAUCCGAAGAGGUUCGGCCAGAGGACGACACCUCCCGGCCCGAAUCCGAAGAGGUUCGGCCAGAGGAAACCUCCCGGCCCGAAUCCGAAGAGGUUCGGCCAGAGGACGACACCUCCCGGCCCGAAUCCGAAGAGGUUCGGCCAGAGGACGACACCUCCCGGCCCGAAUCCGAAGAGGUUCGGCCAGAGGACGACACCUCCCGGCCCGAAUCCGAAGAGGUUCGGCCAGAGGACGACACCUCCCGGCCCGAAUCCGAAGAGGUUCGCCCGAAGGCCGCAUUCCCGGCCCGGUCGAGGGCCUUGGAGCAUCGCUGAGAGGGUCGCGUUGGACCUCCAGGGGCGCGUCCGCUCCAAGGCGCCUCAGCCCAGCCCAGCCCCCAGGCCUGCCGAGGUCCCCCAGGUGGCGCCGUGGAGGACCAUCGCCUUGUCCCUCCAUUUCAGCGCCCGGGAGCUGUGCGCCGCCUUGGGGCCGGGCUUGAGCCACGUCCGGCUGGUCAGGGAAUGGUUCCCCGUGCGGAUCCGGGUCCCCAGGCGGCGGGGCGAGCCGCUCGUGGUCCAGGGGCCCCGCGAGGCCACGGAGAGCGCCGCCAACUUCCUGUGGAAGUUCGCGGCGGAGGCUCGCUGACGCAGGGCUGACGCCCCCGCCCCCCGUCACUGACUGAUCGCAGCCCCCAGCUCAAAGCGGGGGCUGGUA